UGGGGAAUCCAAAUCCAAAAAUAGAAUCUGUAUUUUCCUCUCAUCUUCUAGAGAGCAAGGUGUGAAGUUUACUUUAGUCAGUGGGAGACUGCAUACAACAAAGCUUUUUCAUCCUAUCACUCAUACAGGAUCUGAAGAAACAGAGAUUUUGCAAAUCACUUUGAAGUCAGGCUCUCCCUUACCCAAAUGACAAAAUGUGUGCAGAUCUGGUUCAGUGCUGAUCUCAUGAGCAUCUCUUUCCUUUGCCCAGCAUGGCAGCAUGAGCUCUGUGAUUCUGAUACUAUAGACCCAUCUCUGAAGGAUGGAAAUGUAGGAUGAGAUGAAUUCCAUCUUCCUCCCUUGCUGUGAUAAAAAGAGAAUAUUCCCAAAGAUGCACUGGUCAGAAUCUGAAUCAGUCAAAGCAAGGAUCCAAGUGCAGAAAACUUCCCAAGUCAAAUCUAAGAGACACUGGUGGAAACUUCCAUGUCCCCAAAGGCUCAGAACAGGACUGGCUCCUCUGAAGUGUAUUCUAAUGUCUCCUUGUCUUCUCCUCUGCACAGAACCACAUUCCCAGAAGUACCAGAUGCCCAACAGUAGCUCCAUCAGCGAGUUCCUCCUCCUGGCGUUGGCAGACACGCGGCAGCUGCAGCUCCUGCACUUCUGGCUCUCGCUGGGCAUCUACCUGGCUGCCCUCCUGGGCAACGGCCUCAUCAGCACAGUCGUAGCCUGCGACCACCGCCUGCACACCCCCAUGUACUUCUUCCUCCUCAACCUCGCCCUCCUCGACCUGGGCUGCAUCUCCACCACUCUCCCCAAAGCCAUGGCCAAUGCCCUCUGGCACACCAGGGCCAUCUCCUACGCAGGAUGUGCUGCACAGGUCUUUCUGUUUGUUUUUCUCAUGUCAACAGAAUAUUCUGUCCUCACGGUCAUGUCCUAUGACCGCUACGUUGCCAUCUGCAAGCCCCUGCACUACGCGACCCUGCUGGGCAGCAGAGCUUGUGCCACCAUGGCAGUAGCUGCCUGGGGCACGGGGGUUCUCUAUUCCCUGCUGCACACUGCCAAUACAUUUUCACUGCCUCUGUGCCAAGGCAAUGCUGUGGAUCAGUUCUUCUGUGAAAUCCCCCAGAUCCUCAAGCUCUCCUGCUCAGAUGCUUACCUCAGGGAAGCUGGGCUUAUUGCCUUUAGUGUCGCUAUGGAGUUUGGGUGUUUCAUCUUCAUUGUUGUGUCCUAUGUGCAGAUCUUCAGGGCCGUGUUAAGGAUGCCCUCUGAGCAGGGACGGCACAAAGCCUUCUCCACAUGCCUCCCUCAUCUGGCCGUGCUCUCCCUGUUUCUCAGCACUGGUAUGAUUGCCUAUUUGAAGCCCCACUCUGUCUCCUCCCCCUCUCUGGAUAUCGUGGUUUCAUUUCUGUACUCAGUGGUGCCUCCAGCACUGAACCCCCUCAUCUACAGCAUGAGGAGCCAGGAGCUCAAGGAUGCUCUGUGGAAACUGAUGACCAAACGUCUUUUGAAAGCAAUGAACUGCCCAUGUUUAUCUAUAUAG